AUGGAGUAUUCUCGAUUCUCACUUCUCCCCAUUCCAGCCACUAUUCGACGUCGGCUCCCCCGCCUAUAUUCCUCGCAUAGACCUGUAUCAGAUAACGACUCGAGCGGGGUCGAAACAUUGCGUCACGGGCUGACCUCGUUAUCGGAGCCACACUUAUGUCACCUACAAUUCCCAGAAUUACGAAUCAUUGAGACACAAAGACCCUCCACAGCAAGUGAUAGUCUUGAUUCAUUUGAAUCUGGCUCUGUCGGUACCGAGAGCCCUCCCACUGAGGAGGGAAUGUCACCGGCAAAGUAUGAGACUGAGUCUGGAUUACGAUGGAAUAGGGUCGUACCUGCAUUUAAUCUGUUGCGCAAUGCAGGCUAUGAAGCUCAACAGCCUUUUGCUGAUGGUCGAUUAACACGAUCGCUUUACGUCAAUGCGUUGAUGUAUCUACUAGAUGCACUUCCGUCUGAUCUUACGCCCGAAGAAACAAUCAUGCUUCGGAAUCGUCUUCCGGAGUCUGUUAAGUCAUCCAUAAGCUCGAAUUUACAAUCACAAUCGCAGCUGGAAGGCCAAGCACCAACAAAAGCACUUCCUUGUCACCGCUCAUACUUGCAUAGACUUCUUGCAUCCGCCAUCAUUCAAUUUUUUCUUUUGGUUCGGUUUCUGAUGCCAUAUUUGAGGAUCUUGCUGCGGCAAGUUUAUGAAUACGAACGAUCGCAUCGUAUCACACAACGUCUAGUGACAACGACGUUGGAUGCAGCAGAUGGACUGGGCAAAAAAGGCGUGGAUAUUGGUACAGCAUUUUGCAGGAUUAAUGAAGGCCGUGUGGGCGUAGCUGUGGGAAAUCUCUUGAGCUGGUGGGUGGAAGGCAUCGCUGGAGGUAUAUACGAAGGUGUAGGAGAAGGUAUGAUGCACUUGGGACUUUUGAAACCAGGCUUAGAGCUCGAUAGAUUGGCAUUUAAGCCUGAUCGGCCUUAG